AUCGCCGCGUGGAAGAAAGUCAGUUGGACUGGAGAUGAGCGGCCGGUUCGACGUGAGCAAAGGUGUCAGCAGGAGCCCCGGGGGCGGCUACGAAAACCCGGGCCUCACUCUUGACGGCGAAUAUCGGGCGAAUGAAGGGGACGAAGGGGUGAAGGGAAAAGGGCCGACAAGGGAGAGGAACUCUUUUUGCACCCUCACCCUCGAAGCGCUACCACGUCUCGACUCGUACAGCAACAUCAAAGGGUGCAACAAAAGGCCAUCCCUCGGAGAACUUCACGGAGAACCGACAUUCAUCAAAACGGAAGAAGAACCAGUGAAAAAAAAGAAAGAAAUCAAAAUUGGUGAAGGGCACGGAGUCAAGUUAGGGUGGAUUGUCGGUGUGCUCAUACCAUGCCUACUAAACAUAUGGGGUGUUAUGCUUUUCCUGAGGUUGUCCUGGGUUGUCUCACAAUCCGGGAUAGGCCAGUCACUCGUCAUCAUAGGGAUAUCCGCUACAGUCUGCAUCAUCACAACUCUGUCACUUUCUGCUAUAAGCACUAAUGGAGAAGUCAAAGGAGGAGGUAUUUAUUACAUCAUUUCAAGAUCACUUGGUCCUGAAUUCGGGGCCUCUGUGGGUCUCAUCCUUGCUUUUGCCAAUGCUGUCGCUGCCUCGAUGAACACAAUCGGUUUCUGCAGCUCUUUGAACAGUCUCCUGAAAGAGAACGGACUCAAGAUAAUUGACAACGCUGUCAAUGAUAUAAGGAUAGUCGGUAUUGUCGCUCUAUUCUUCAUGGUCAUUAUCUGUGCCGUUGGAAUGGAAUGGGAGACAAAGGCGCAAAACUUCUUGGUCGUCAUCAUUUUUGCAGCUAUUGCUAAUUUUUUGAUCGGAUCUCUAAUUGGACCAAGGACAGAUGAGGCUCAAGCCCAAGGCUUUCAUGGAUUUAGCCUUGAUGUUAUGAAAGACAAUUGGGGUUCAGACUACAGGUUCAGUGAAAACGUGAAUCAAGAUUUUUUCUCAGUUUUCUCUAUCUUUUUCCCCUCUGUAACAGGCAUACAGGCUGGAGCUAAUAUAUCCGGUGACUUGAAAGACCCUGCUGAAGCGAUUCCAAAAGGCACACUACUUUCACUCGCCAUCUCAAUGUUUUCCUAUGCGCUUUUUGUUGUCUUUGCCGGUGGUGCUGCAUUAAGGGAUGCCAGUGGAAAUGUCACAGAUUUAGCACUGGGCAAUUUUCCUUGUGCUAGCGACCACUCCUGUCAAUUCGGUCUACACAACGACUACAGUAUCAUGCAACUUAUGUCGGUCUGGGGAUGGCUUAUUUACGCAGGCUGCUUUGCUGCUACCAUUUCAACAGCACUUACAAAUCUACUUUCAGUACCAAGGCUUUUACAGGCACUGGGCAUUGAUCACAUAUACCCUGGGCUGAUAUUCUUCUCAAAAGGCUAUGGGAAAGCAGGAGAACCUUAUCGAGGAUAUGUGCUUACUUUCUUCAUAUCUUCUGCAUUUGUUGUUAUUGCCGAUCUUAAUAUAAUAGCAACACUCAUUUCCAAUUUCUAUUUGGCAUCUUACGCCCUGAUUAAUUUCUGUACGUUCCACGCUGCACUUAUUAAACCUUUAGGCUGGAGGCCGACUUUUAAGUUCUACAAUAUGUGGCUAUCGCUUUUAGGUUUCUUCAUGUGUGUGUUGAUUAUGUUUCUCAUUGAUUGGCGUACUUCACUUGUGACUUUUGCUGUAUUUUUUGUCCUUUAUGUCAUAGUAGUUUACAGAAAACCAGAUGCAAACUGGGGUUCAUCUACACAAGCGCAGACCUAUAAGACAGCCCUGCUCACCGUUCAGAAGCUUGCGACGAGUAACGAGCAUGUUAAGAAUUACCAGCCUCAAGUCCUUGUUCUUUCAGGCCCACCGCAAAACAGGCCUGCGCUUAUCGAUUUGGCGAAUUUGAUCACAAAGCAUAAUUCAUUGCUUGUCUGUGCGGAAAUUACCAGAGAAAAACUUUACUACAAAGCACGCAUAGCUAAAAUUCAAGCUGGAUACGAUUGGUUGGCUGUUAAAAAAAUUAAAGGAUUUUUUGUUGUGACCGAUGGUUUGCAAAUGGAGCAUGCUGCGAAGGCCAUGAUGCAAAUUGCUGGUAUUGGAAAGUUGAGGCCGAACGUGCUACUCAUAGGAUACAAAUCUGAUUGGCAAACCUGUAAGGAUGAAGAUCUAGAAAUGUACUUCAACACAAUGCAUGAGGCUUUUGCGAACAGAAUGGCAGUGGCUAUUUUGAGAAUUCCCGACGGUUUGGAUUAUUCAGUGCAAACCAGCCCACAAGAGAAUCAACUUGCGAAUCAAAUGUCUGCACUGGAUGAUCUCAGUAAUUCCUACUUGGACUUGACAAGUGGAAGCUUCCAACUUAACAAAGCGGCAAUGGAAGCGAGCAAUGUUUUAUCACAAUCUUCGUUGACUAUACCAGGAAGUAAGCCUGAUACCGAACGACCGUCACUGCUGACAGAGCAUAUGAACAAUGGCAAUCCAUCUGACAUAUUGAAAAUACGAAAGAAGGCUACAGCAAAACAGCAGAUACUUCAUGAAUUCCCAGGAGGGGAAAAACUUGAAAAAAAUGCCUUAGACAAUAUGAGGAUUUUUGACAAAAAGUACAAGGAUGGAUACGUUGAUGUAUGGUGGCUGUAUGAUGACGGCGGUCUCACAAUAUUGCUGCCUUAUAUUCUGCAUACAAGGUCUGUGUUUGCAAACUGCAAGAUGAGAAUUUUUGCCCUGGCCAAUCGUCAUCAUGAUUUAAAAACUGAAGAAGCCAAUAUGGCGAGGCUUUUGGCCAAAUUCAGGAUAUCGUAUGAAAGCCUGACUAUGAUAAAUGACAUUAUGGAAGAGCCUGACAAGAAGACUAUCAGCUUUUUCCAUGACCUAAUUGCAGGCUUUCGAACAAGAGAUAAUGGUUUUAAAGUCACUGACGAGGACCUGGUAACGCUUAGUGAAAAAACUGACAGGCAAUUAAGAUUAAGGGAACUGCUCCUUAAACAUUCGAGAGAAUCUACUCUUGUUGUUAUGUCGUUGCCCAUGCCGAGGAAAGGGCUCGUUUCUGCGCCAAUCUACAUGGCCUGGUUGGAAGCUCUGACAAAAGAUUUGCCACCUUUUCUUCUUAUACGUGGGAAUCAAGCGCCAGUUAUCACAUUCUACUCUUAGCCCAGUAUUCAAAUCUAUCGACGUUAUUUAUUUAAACUUAAUAUUGUACAAAAUGUUUCAACCACAGUUUUAUGUGGAGUAUUUUAUGAAAAAUUUCAAAUUAGUUUUGUAAAUAAAACUAAUCCCUAACAAAUGUUGAAAUUGUUAUCUUAGGUUACAAAAAAAUAAAUAAAUAAAAUAAAAUAAAAAAUAAAAAACUGAUACCCAAUUGAAAGUACUUUGGAAAAUAUAAUUUCCAUGAAAUAGCAACCCCCAUGUGUUACACACACCCUCUUUCUGAUUUUUUUUUUUUUUUU